CCACCAUGAGUCCGGUGAGUGGCACGCCUACCGUGAUUUGCGCCUCGGUGUGCGGAAAAACGGCCGACGAGAUGGACGAGGAACGCCUGGAAAGUGACGCCUAUCAGUACUUGUGUCAUUUGGAAGAGGCUCGUCAAUGGUUAGGCACCAUUUUGAAUGGGCGGGAGUUGCCGCCCACGGGUCAAUUCGAGGAGCAUUUACGUAAUGGGGUGUGUCUAGCCCUGUUGGGCCACGCCCUAUCGCCGGAUUGGGUGCCGCUGAAGCGGAUUUUUGACGUGGAUGAGAGUCGAUUUCGUGAGCGCGGUUUGCAUUUUCGUCACACGGACAAUAUCAACUACUUCUUGCAAGCCAUCAAAAACAUCGGAUUGCCAGAGAUCUUCACCCCAGAGACUACCGACAUCUACGAUCGUAAGAACAUGCCCCGAGUGAUCUUUUGCAUCCACGCCCUCAGCCUAUUCCUGUUCAAAUUGGGCAUUACCCCUCAAAUCCAGGAUCUCUAUGGCAAAGUCACCUUCACCGAAGCAGAACUCCAAACGGCCCAAACUAAUUUAGAAGAAUUUGGGGGCCCACUGCCUCAGUUUCGACAAAUUGGCGGUAUGCUCAACGACAGCAUCUCCAGCUCACCAAGUAAAAUGAAGCCGAUGGGAACACCGAAAAUGGGUCGUUCCUUGGCAGACUACGAGAUCACAAUUCCAGAGUUGAAGCCCAAUAAAAAUCACCAUUUCCAUUCAAUGGUCGAGGACGCAGACGAAGGGCCCGGCUUUGAUGUCAGGAGUUUGAUCGAUUUUCAAGCUCGAGCUCGUGGAUUCCUGGCCCGCCAAGAGCUCUACGCUCGAUUGAAGCCUUACUACGAUCAAAUUGAGCGAGUCAUCCAGGCUCAACGUCUCUGGCGCAGUAUUCUUAUUCGUCGACGAUUUCAGGCUUUGGUGUAUCAAGUGCUCCAAAACCGUCCCCGAGCGCCGAAAAUCCGACCUUUGGCCCACUUUAGGCCUUACGAACGGCAGAUUGUGGCGAUUCAGCGCUCUUGGCGCCAAUAUCGCAUCAACAAAGAUCUGCUGGACCUGAUGAAGGCGCGUGAGAUCAAUUUGCCUUUGGUGAGGCGGUUCAUCCAUCUUUUGGACACUCACGCUUUAGAUUUUCAUCAGGAGCUCUUGGCUCAGUCGCUCAAGGGCGAGAUCACCAAAGCCAUUCGCGAGAACCAGAAACUGGAGAAGGAUCUGGACACAAUGGAUAUCAAGAUUGGGUUAUUGGUGAAGAAUCGAAUCUCAGUUCAAGACGUAGUGAGCCACAGCAAAACGUUGAGUUCCAAGAAGAGCUCUGGUGGAGUACAGAGAAAGGAGACCUUUUACCUAAGUGGAACCUUAGGCGAAUCCACUUUGCCUCGGAUUGGCUUGAAAGCUUUGAAGAAAGAGAGCAAGGAGCGAUUGGAUGCUUAUCAGCAUCUCUUCUACUUGCUUCAGACGAACCCGCACUACCUGGCCAAGUUGAUCUUCGUCAUGCCUCAAAUGAAGACCACCAAGUUCUUAGAGAGUGUCAUCCUCACUCUAUACAACUUUGGCACCAAUCCCAGAGAAGAGUUUCUGCUCCUGAAAUUGUUUAAACACGCUUUGGAAGAGGAAGUCAGGGUCAAAGUGGACAAGCCCAGUGAUAUCGUCACUGGUCAACCUUUGGUUCUCAAAAUGAUUGUGAGCUUUAAUCGUAAUGGCAAGGGACAAGCCAAUCUGAGAGACAUGCUUGGACCUCUCAUUAAUCGGGUCUUGGAAGACAAGACCCUUCAGAUUAGUACCAACCCCGUGGAAAUCUACAAACAAUGGGUGAAUCAAUUGGAAUUCGAUUCAGGCAAAUCUUGCGGAUUGUCCUAUGACGUGACCAUGGACAAAGCCCUUGAACAUGAAGAGGUUCGAAAGCGACUAGAGCGAUCUAUCACCAAAUUGAAGCAAGUCUCCACGCUAUUUUUGACUACGAUCGUCAAAGCCAAGGCCAAGAUGCCUUUCGGCAUGCUCUUCAUGGCCAAGGUUCUUUACAACGCAUUACGAAAGAAGUUCCCUCAAAUUCACGAGAAGGAGAUCCUGAAAGUGAUCGGGAACCUCAUCUACUACCGGUACAUAAACACGGCCAUCGUAGCUCCAGAUUCAUGCGAUAUAGUGGACAUCAAUGCCACUGAUAAAGCCAUGAACAAUGAACAGCGCAAGAACUUAGGCAGUAUCGCCAAAGUGUUGCAAUUCGCUGCUUCCAAGAAGGGCUUUGGUGAGGAAUCCGCUCACUUGAUGUGCCUGAAUCAGUACAUUAUCGAAAGCCACGACAAGUUCAAGGCCUUCUUCGCCGAUUGCUGCCGUGUGCCAGAACCUGAGGAAGAGUUCGCCAUCGACUCCUACUCGGAAGCCUUGCUUUUGGCCAAGCCCGUGAUUUACAUUACUUUGGCCGAGAUCUGCGACACUCAUCAGUUGCUUCUGGAUUAUCGCUAUCAAGUGGCCUCAAAUGAGGAUGACCCUAUUCACGAACUUCUCGACGAUUUGGGCGAACGACCUUCACUUUGCUCCCUGUUAGGAGCUGCUGACACCGAGUCCUCGGAUGCCUCUCUAACGCAUCUCAGUCAAACUGAAGUCUGCCUCACCCUGAGCAACAAGUUUGAAGUGCCUUUGGUGGAUAAACUCAACAUGGACCGGCUAUUUUUGAAGACCAAACAACAGAUUAUGAGCAUCCUUCCCUGCACACAUGAGAAUAAUCUUCUGGGAUGCUUAAAGUCUAGAACCACGGAUGAGCAAUCCCAAAAGUAUUGGAAGAUUGUGAAGAGAAAACGAGAAGCGGACAAAAUAUUUGAGAACAACAAAUCCAUGUUGGAUCAAACCAUCUCUUUCCCUGACGACGAUAUCCGGAUUCCUUUGGAUGAUUGCAAACACGAGACGUUGAAGAACCUACAAAUCCUGGAGCGGCAUGGGUUAGUGACCAUCAAGGACGGCUUCCAAGCCAUCAUUAACUCGAUUGGCAAGGACAUCGCCAAUCAGAAAGCAUACCGCUCUCGUCGUCGCACCGACAUUUCUCGCCUCAAGAAUACCCUGAGCGCAUUGGAAAUGAAGAGACAGUUUUUUGAGGACCAGAUUGACUACUACCAUCAAUACCUCAAGCAAUGUCUGGCCAAUUUGAAUGCUGAUCCUGCCAAAGGCAAGAAGAAGGUGCGCUUCCACAAGGCCUUUGGUCACAGCACGUCUCAUACGAAGAACGAAAAGAGGCUCCAUUCUCGCCAGUCUAUCAAAUACACAGGAUCGAAACUUCACGAGAAAGGUAUCCUUCACACCAUUCAAGGACUCCCGGCUAAUCAGUUCAAGAACGUGGUAUUCGAGUUUACGCCCAAAGACGAGGAUGGCGUCUUCGAGGUGAAUGUGUGCUUCAUGGGGUCCAAGAUGGAGUCCGUGGAAAUUGACUUGCAGGAGUUGCUCCAGCUCCAAUAUGAAGGCGUGGCCAUGAUGAACAUGUUUGGAAAGGCCCGGAUCAACGUCAAUCUACUACUGCACAUGUUGAACAUUAAGUUCUACGGGCGAAAAUGACCAGUUAACAAAUUAUAUGCUCUACUCUAACUUCCUUGCAACCUAUCCUGUACAGUUUUCUUGUUAAAAACGAUUUCCCAAUAUAUUCAGUGAUCGAGAUCCAA